AUGGGCAAUAUUUGUUGCUGCCAUCCUGAAGUAGUCCCACAGCCUAAGCAAAAUGAAGAUAUUUUGGUGAUCCCUGACAGUUUGGAAUCCAGAGCUAUAAAUGUCAGAAGUUUUAAGGUAGAAAAAGUCCUGGGGAAAGGAUCAUUUGGGAAAGUCAUGCUAGUUACGAAAAAAGAUACUGGGAAACUAUAUGCAAUGAAGCUUAUAAGUAAACAGAGACUUUUUGACGCGAAAAAGAAAGCUCAUGCUCAGACUGAAAGAGAAGUGCUAUCACAAGUGAAAAGCCCUUUUGUAGUAAAAUUGCAUUUUGCUUUUCAGAAUUAUCAGAAGCUUUAUUUAGUUUUAGAUUUUAUGCAAGGUGGAGAACUGUUCUUUCAUUUAAGAAAGCUAAAUAAAUUCACAGAAGAAAUUGCAAGGUUUUAUGCAGCUGAAGUAUUGCUAGCUUUAGAAGAUUUACAUGAUAAAGGUUUCAUCUAUAGAGAUUUAAAGCCUGAAAAUGUAUUUUUAGAUGCAGAUGGGCAUAUAAAACUAGGAGACUUUAAUUUAGCGAAAAUUUCAUCUGAAGUGAAUAGGUCACAUACUAUAUGUGGAACACCUGAAUAUAUAGCGCCAGAAGUGCUAAAAGGGCAUGUCCAAGGCAAAGAAAUUGAUUAUUGGGGCUUAGGGAUUCUUUUAUAUGAAAUGCUAAAUGGAAAAUCGCCAUUUUACGCUAAAAAUUAUGAUAAGCUUUUCAAGAAUAUUAUAAGCGGAAAACUCUUUUUCCCUGAAACUUUUUCUGAUAAAGCUAAGGAUUUAAUAUCAAAACUGUUAAUUACAGACUAUAAAUAAAAUGGCUAUCGGUUCGAGAGAAAUUGGCUCUGCCAAUUUUCUCUCAAAACUUCUGCAUGGCAACAGCCGUUUAACUUUGGGGAUAGCCAAAGGAACGGCUCCUCAGUGCAUUCAAGAGGCUCAGAGUUUUACCCCUCAGCACAUCCCCACGGGAGGAUGACCCUUAGGCGGAAAACGCGCAGGAGCUGAGUCAGGAUGAGCGACGGCAACGCACCGGGUGAGCUGUGCGGCGACUUUCUGGGACGAAGCCUUAUAGAAGGCUUGGGUGUGGGCUGACCACACAUAUUCCAAGAUGGCUUGUGUGACGUCACUGGUCUUGCUUUGACCCUUUUUAAUUAAGGGGUGUAGGCAUUAGACACCUUAAAAACCAGGUUAAUGUAAUGUAAUGUUAAUUACAGACCCAAAGCAAAGGCUCGCAAAUGCAGCUGACAUAAAACCGCAUCCAUUUUUUGGCGGGAUGGAUUGGGAUUUUUUAAGACGCAAACUAAUGGAGCCGCCUUUAAAGCCGAUGAUUAGAGGUGAUAAAGAUACAAGAAACUUCAACGUGGCCAAUAUAAAAGAUGAAGCCAGCCCUCCCCCCAAUUGGAACACUCCUCAGCAAGAAGCCAACGUGUUCAUGAAUUUUACAUAUGUCGAGCCAGCAUUAAAAUAA